AAAACCCCUAAAACUUCAAAACCCUAAAUUCAUCUCUCUAUUUUGUUAUUCUCACACACAAACACACGAUGGCCGACGCUGUGAUUUCGUUGGAGAAAAUAAAAUCAUUCUUGAAAUCUCAAGUUGACAAUGAAGAAAAUUGGGCCACUAACAUGAAACUACUCCGAGCUGCAGGCCUCUUUGCUGGUUCUAUUGUUUUGAUGCGGAAUUUUGGUGACCUAAUGGCUAUAUGAAAGCAGAUGUUGGAUCUCUUUUACGUUCUACAUAGGAUGUUUAUGGAUCUUUUGGUUUUAUGAGAUGUUCCACCUUGAGGAUACUACUUUCGCAUCAGAAAGGAACAUAAUAUUCGUUCAGUAAUUCUAUGACAAUUAGGUUUUUUUGAUGUUUCCAGUUUGUGUGUUGCUAUUGUUUUUAUAUGAAGUUAUCACUUGAUCUUUGAAA